AUGCCCUCCUCUCCGCUCAGGAUGGCUGUGGUCUGUAUGAGUAACAAACACAGGAGCAUGGAAGCCCACAGCAUUCUCAGGAAGAAAGGUUUCAGCAUCAGGUCUUUUGGAAUGGGAUCCCUCGUGAGGUUCCCAGUGGCACCCAAGGAACCAGUGGCUUAUGAUUUUUCAACUUCAUAUAAGAUGAUGCGCAAGGACCUUUCCUGUAAAGACUGAAAAUACUACAAAGGGAAUGGAGUCUUACACAUCUUGAAAAGAAAUGACAGAAUCAAGCCUCACCCGGAAAGAUUUCAAGAGUGCAGAGAUCCCUUCGAUGUCAUCUUCACCUGUGCGGAGAGAGUCUAUAACAGGAUGGUGGCAGAUAUGUGUGCCAGAGAUCAGGAGAUCUGGCAGCCUGUGCACGUCAUCAACGUGGACAUAGAAGACACCCUGGAAUUAGCCACCCUUGGAUCUCUGAUCAUCUGUGAGCUCUGUCAAGGUCUCCAGCAGGCAGAAGACAUGGAAGGCAGUCUGGCUGCGUUGCUCCAGGCAGAGAAGGAGAAAACAGGGGGGAACUUUCUUCACACAGUCUGCUUCUACUGAAGAUCUUGGCUGAUUUCAGCUCCUUUGAACUUGUACCCUUUUUUUCAACCCAGAGAAGGAAGUGGAGGAGAAUAUAUUUCAUGGGAAAUGGAACAUGGACCACCAGUCGGCAUCCAAACCCUUCCCAUUUGAGGGACAAUGGUGUGGGUACUUGACUCAG